ACAGUCAUAUGUGUUGCUGUGCCUGCCGUGCGUCUGCUCCACAUGUGUGCAGUAUAUUUCUAUUAUUAAUGUGCUGAUCAGAAGGAAGUAUGAGUGACAUCAGAGAGUCGAGGCCUCCUCCCCCGUCAUGGAUAAAUAGAGAAUUUGUAGAGACUGCGCUUAACAAUGACGGUAAUGGUGAGAAAGUGACCGUAGAAUCAUUUACUGUGGACUACGCCAACAAGGAAGGGGCGGGCUUCAUGAGUCACAUGUUCAGAGUGGUUGCUGCCAUUAGACAAGAAGACAGUGGCAACCACUCCAAGGCGCAUCUCAUAGUGAAGUGCCGCGAUCAGCAAGGACAGUUGCAGGAGCUGGUCGAGGAAAACAACGUGUUCGAGAUGGAAGCCCUACUGCUGUCCGAGGUUAUGCCACUGGUUCACGGCGCUCUCAGGGCAGUGGAAGGGGCAGCGUUCGGGCCCCUGGCCGCGCGCUGCUACUUGCCCGGGGGGCGGCCCUCGCAGUUCCUGGUGAUGGAGGACCUGUCGGAGUCCGGCUUCACGCUGGCCAAGGCGGGGCACCAGCUGGACUACCACCACUGCGAGCCUACGCGCGUCUGCACGCGGCCUCGGCCAAAGUCCUCGACGACCAUCCCCACUACAAGGUGGUAUACGACCCGAGCAAGUCUGCAGAUGAGCGCCAGAUGCAGCUCUUCAAGGAGAUGUGUGACAAAGUGUUCAGCGCCGUGGCCAACGCUUUGAAGCGCUGUCCGGGGUACGAGGGCUACGCCGAAAAAUUUACACGCAUUUCUGAGAGGGUCGUCGAGGGAACGAACAAAUUUUGGACUUCUAAGGACGUAUUGCUACCCGUUAUUCUACACGUCGACUGUUGGAAAAACAAUUUCAUGUUCAAAUACGUGGAUGGCGCUGUUGCUGACGUAAGGAUUGUGGAUUUCCAGUUUAGCAAAGUGCACAGCCCGGCCGCCGACGUGCAGUGUUUCCUGAACGCCAACGCCAGCGAGCAGCUGCACCGCCAGCACUUUGACAGCCUGGUGGAGGAGUACCACGGCGCGCUGCAGCGCACUCUGCGAGCCCUGGGAAUGCACCAGCAGGCGGACGCCUACCCGCUGAGGCAGCUGAGGGCCGACAUGGACCGGGCGGCGGUGCUGGGGCUGUUCAACAGCGCGUUGCGCGGACUCCACCUGGCCACGGAGAGCCACUCCGAGCAAGUCGGCCAGGCCUUCAAGAAAUCUGACGAGUCCAGUGCGGCGCUAGCAGCCACCUACAGCAAUCCCGAAUGUGUUUCCUACUUGAAGUAUAUUGCGCCCAUAUACGAGAGCAAAGGUCUUCUGUGACCAGGGACGAUAAUCUAAGCACACAGUGCAAAAAAUUAGUUCUCACCCCGCUCACAGGAUACAUCGCGUUAAUACCAUGUAACACUACUUCUGACUCUCAUAAUGGGCUCAUUUCUGAGAGGAACAGACUCUACAAGUAUCUUCAGGUAUUUCGUACCCAGCUGAAACACCUCAUUGAUGGUCAGAUCCUAUUGAGAUACCAAACUGCGGGGAAAUUAUUGUUAAUUUCAAUCCACUGUUGCAGACAUUUUCUACGCAUUCUCUGAUUUACUGCACCAUACGAGGUGCAAUAAAGUGCUAGAGUGUUAGGCGAAAAUGGAACUUAUUUGUGCAUCCCUUGAACAUGACUGUUUUGAUCUUAAAAAAAAAGAAAGGACAACACCGAGAUUGUUGAAAUACAGAUUGGCCCAGAAGUCCGAUAACAUUUGAUAAUUCAAUACUUCACUGAAUAAUUUACAAAUAAACAUAAAAAUUGACACACGUGCUUGAAAUAACAUACGGUUUUAUUGAAAAUAAAAAGAAGUGUACAAAAUGGCCAACAGAUGGCGCUUCCUAUAAUACAAAAGCAAUAAUUAGCGUAAAAUUUGAUCUUUAGCAAAGACGAUGUUUUUUUACAGCAAAUGCUCAAUAUGUCAGCCGUCGUUCCUCAAUAAUAUUUGUAGUCGAAGGGAGAAUGUCGUGAAGAGAACUGUACAGCAUAUCAGAAGGGCAUGGUGAGAAAUUGCGGUCGGAUAUUAGUCUUUCAGGUUCCGUAAUGAGGUCGGACGACUGCGGUAAAGUUGCAACUUCAGGUAAGCCCACAGCCAAUAGCUACACGGAUUGAGGUUUGCGACGUGAGAGACGAAGCAUGACGGAAGUGGCGGCUCUGCUUGCGUUUCUCACCAAACAUCGUGCGCAAGAGAUCGUUCGCUCAUGAAGCGCCAUUCUAAAUAACAGUCGUACGUUCCAGCAGGUGUUCAUCAGCCGGGCUAUUGAUGUUGCUGCUGUGUAACAUAUCGGAGUACCAACGCCCCUUCGUGCUACUUCAGUGACGUCCAGCGCCUUAUGUUGGCCGGUUUGUGCACUCGUUUUUGAUUUGAAUACAGCCUCUUUUCAUUUCAAGGAUGUAUGUCAGGUUUUACCUCUGUACCUACAGUAUUCCGUGAAACAGACUUUUGGGUCACUCUGUGAACAAUCUGUUUCGUGUAACCAGUCUUCUGAAUGAGUGGGUCCCUUCGUGGAACAAAAAACACCUCCAAAACAUCAGAGUACCAUCCAUGAUCUAAGCUACACCCUCCACACCACGAGUGCUAAAUUUUUAAUUGACUCGUCAGUGCACUCGACGCAUUGCAUUAUUUGAAAAGAGCCUGUGACACUAUCGCUGCACCUUUUUGCUGUAUCAGUAUAUAGAUAAUAGCCAAGUUUGGUAUUUGAAUACUCCCUCCGGUAGGAUUUUCACAAAUUUAACCACGAAAUGCCUAUAGGAUUUUUGCUUAUCGAACUUGAAAUUAAAGUUACGUAUAGAAACACAGAAAGUGUCAGAUCCAAUUUAGAUAAUGUUUUUGACUAAUCAAAUUUAUUCAAAUGAAAAGCAAUACGGUCGCCAGUCUAAUUAGACAUAGAAAUAUGAAACAUUUAUUUUAAAGAAAAAGUAAAUAGUUUUGAUGGGAAAACACCACCUAUAGUCCUUUCUUACGAAAGUGCAAUGAACCCUAUCACAAGCAGAAAAAUGUUAUAGUGGAUAAAAGCAGAUAUUGUGAGAUAUUCUCACAACCACAAAUGACACUUUAACACUCAUCAACAGUAAAUACCUUGCCAAACCUGAAUUAUUUCAUCAUCACGGCAAUUGCAAUGCAUUACUAAACUAGAAAUGGACAUGGGCCUAGUGUUAUUUCAUCAGAUAUUUCUUACAUAGCACAAAUUUAAUUAAAAUCGACUUACAAUAAGAUUCACACAUUCCUUAGUAAGCAAAUGUUGUAACUGUGUUUGUGAAUAAGGUCACUCAUAGUAGAUUCACCUUCAGUAAUAAAAACAGUAAGUAGGGGAAUCCCAA